ACUUCACUGACAGUUCGCAUUCCGCGCAUGUUCCUCGUCUUGCGUACGAGAUCUACCGUUAGAAGUCCAUAGUCGAAGCUAUCUCUCGCCCGUAUCGCGCGUUUUUACGACGCGCCACAUACAUACGAGCGGAGAUACGCCGAGAGAGAGAAAGAGAGAGAGAGAGAGGUUCGACGAAUCGUCCGGCCGGCAUCCAUUGUGUGGGUGCACGCGCGCGCGUCCGCUAGCAUGCGUGCGUACGUUCGUAGUGUCUCACCGCAGGCCCUCGGCGUUGCAUGGUGUCCUUUGUAGUGCGUACGUGUACUUGAAUCUCGGACGGACUCCGCUCGUACGACGAGAAUACCGGCCCCCCCGCAUUCGUACCGGCGAUCCGGCGUCGCGAUUAGUCGGCCGCGGCGACAGUAAGAAAGGGCGAUUAUUAAUAUUUUGAGCUGAGAGGGCGAGAAACUGCGUGUUUGCGAACGAGAGAGAGAGAGAGAGAGAAAGAGAGUGAGUGAGUGAGUGAAUGAGUGUGGGUAAGAGAGAGAAAGAGAGUGAGAGAAGGAGGGAGGGAGAAAGAGAGAGAGAUAAGAGCAAGGUAUAGAGAUAUUAUAUUUGUACACUAAGUGGGGGACCUUACGCGGGCUUGCUGCGUUAGCACGAAGUAAGACCGGAUAAGAAAAAGGGCGUGGGGUAUUACCGGGCGAUUAAUAGGCACGCCGCUAAAACGUAUCUUGGCCAUGGGUAAGACGCCAAAGAAGGCGGCCCCUGGGGGCGAUGAGAGGAAUUUAUACGUUCGGAGGCUCAAGGCAACGACCGCGCCGUCGAAAGCUUCCGAAUCUAGCUUGCCCGAGAGACAGCGCGAGUCCGAGAGUUCGAACAGACCGAAAUUGACUGGUAUAAAGAAAAAGAUACCAGGCGGAUCUAGAAAGAAUAUUAAGAGCAAACUUCGCCCUCCGUCAAAAGUUGGAUCGAAUCAAGCGACAAAGCAAUUGAAAUUAUCGAUGAAAAAUUUCGAAACAAAAACCAUAGACAUGCAGCCGAAAUCGCAGGAAGCUGAUGUCAAAUUGAAUGUCCCUGUCCAGGAGGAAAAUAUUAAGGGGGAAAAAUUAUUAAGUACCAACAAAGCUGCCAAGGUUGAGGAACAUGUUACUGCUAAAGAACACGUCAAUGUCAACACCUCUGAACAGACUUCAAGUGAACCUCAAGCUCCCGCAAAGACUCCCACUGUUCAGGAAGCAGUGUCUACCGAGAGCGAAAUUGUCCAUCAAGAAAAAGAGGGAGUAUCGUCGGAAAAUAUUUCCAACACUGAAGCCAAAGAAGCUGAAGAACAAGAAGAGAAUGAUGUAAAUUUAGUACUUGAGGUCGAUCAAGUAAAUCAAGGACAAGAUUCUGUGAAAUAUGAAGAAGAAAAGCCAGAGGACAAACGAUCGAAGGGUGAUAAAGGAGAAGAAUUAUCGCUUGUAGAAGACGAACUGAAGAACGGCGUACCUGAAAAAGAUGAGAUGCAAAAUGAACUUCAAACGGACACCGAGAGUUCAGUGGAAAUUGUCGAGUCCACAACGUCUGAGGUAUCGGAAACGUCAGAACCUGUUACUCAAAGUAACAUGCCAAAGGUUCAAGAAAAGAUUGACGACACAUUGAAUGAUGUGUCGUUUAUCUCCUAUGAUUCGUCUAUAAUGCUGAAAGAUAUACAAAUCAAACUUAGUGAUUGUCUGAAAGAUAAUUCGAAGCUCUUCGACGAGAGCAAUAUGGAGGAUACGCCGCGUCAAUUUACAAAGGAGUCGUUCGGGAAGACACUGAGAAACAUCUCUGGAAGGCACUCGAUCAACAGAAUGCGUCAUCUUGGUUUUUACGAGAAGAGGAUAUCGCCAAACAGCUCUCUAUUCGUAAAUACAUCGAAGAUAUCGACACUGCAGGAUGAAGAGCUGCCUUUUUCAGAAUUGAAAGCUCUACGUUACAAUAGCGCUCUAUCCGAGAGUUUGCCUACGAAUGGCAGCUCAUUAGACAGAAAACGCAAAACCGACACACCGAUUUGGAAUUCGAGUAAAAAGCAGAAAUCAGAAACUGAAAGUGGUCUGUUGAAUACACCAAUAAAUCUCUUGAAAGGCUGGCGCAGACCCAUACAGGUAUCCACACCGAAUGUCACAUACAAGUUCGAAUCUACUAAAUUAGACAUUAGCGGGAUAAAGGAUGAUGACAAUAAAAUAACGGUCGAAUCAACCGAAAGUACAAAGAAAUGGUGUGUCAUCAUGUAAAAUAUCAUCGGGAAAAUCGGCUCUCACACACACACACACACACAUACACAUAUACAAUACAUAGGAAGGAAAGAAUUUCUAUAUUUUCAUGAAGUACUGAAAACUCAACAAUCAAGAGCAUUGACAUUAUUAUACAUUAUUUGUGAAUAUUGAUUUUGUUUCUACUAAAAAAUUAAGAUUCUUAUUUUCUCACGCUUCUGGGAUUCCUCCCCCCUCUCCUCCCAACAGGGACGAGGGUACACUUUUCUUACGAAUUGUUACAAUUUUUGGAAGUUCCCAUGUUCUUUACAAAAGAACAUUAAAAUGCAAUGUGCGUAUUUUUAUCAACUAAAUUGUAAUAUAGCCCAAUAUUAUUCCCACCGUAUAGACUUAAAAUUGUAACUCGUUUACACUCACUGGCUCACUAACCUUAGGACGGAAUCAUCUAAAAAGUAAAAUAUGGUGUAAUGUCAAAAGAGUACAAUUCUUUUAACUUUUUACAUGACUACUGUAUAAGUAAAGACUUGACUCUAUAAAGCGUAUCGAUUUAAAAUAUGAUAUAAUAUAGAAUAAUUAAAUUCACAUGUACAGAAAUGUGAUAUGUAUCUAAUUUCGGUACAUGUAUUAAUUUAUGUAUCGCGUAUAAUUUGUAUUUAUCUUGAAUGUAAUUCGUUAGGUAGAUUGAUACGUGAUAAAUACACCGAUGAAUAGGUUUUAAUCUUCCGCUAAUUAUAAAUAGAAAUAGUUCUCCUUAAUAUAUAACGUUUUAUCUUAAUCGAACACGGAAUAUUCACAAUAUUCAUGAGAAUAAUUACCUACAUAUUAUUUUAUGCAUAUUAUGUCGUGAUUAUACGAGGCUUCUGGAAAAUUCCUACUCUAUUCAUGAUACUUAUUCACGUAUAAUGUAUGUCGUACAAUGCUUCACACAAACAUAUAUCUUCGUUCUUAGUUAUCAUUAAAAUAUACUUGCAUUUCGUUAAAAAUUCAUCCUUUUACAGGAUCUUCUGUCGAAAGUAUCGCGGUACUAUCGAUAUGACCGAGCUUUUCCGAUGAACUUUUGAAAGUUGAUUGUAAUACGGAUCUAAUCUUAUGUAUUUUUCUAGUUAUAGCAAAUUGUUACUACGAGAUAAGUUGCAGUGUUACUCUCACAUUUAUGGAUACAAACAACUCCUUUUACGACUUGUUUCUUUCUAUUAAAAUAUUAGCUGCGUUCAGCGAAGAAAGGAGCUCAGCGAGUGCUUAUUAUUUGUGAUUGGAGUAUUCUUUUAGCUACUUUAUAAAUCCAAAAGAAUGUACUGAUCAGAAUCAAUAAUCAUUAAGGGCUCACUGAACCAUUUUUUUCUACUGAAUGUAGGCGUUCUUAUUGGUUAUCAUAAACAUAAUGAUGACGACUCCAUUAUACAGGAGUUCCGAUAAUUGUUACAAAUGUAAUCCUUUUAAUUAAGCAAUAGAUCGUUUCUGUAUUAUUUAAUAGAAACGUUGAUUCUUGUGCAACUUAUUCGAUGUGUAAGAAUACUCAUUAAUGUCUAUCACUACGACCAUCUCUAUUGCAGCUGUAAACAUAUGUAUGUGUUGAUACCAAACUGUAUAUUAUUAUGCAGUGUAUCUCUUUAAGAGAAACGAGAGGAAUGGAAUGGCAGAGGAGAGAGAGAAAGAGAGAGAGAGAGAGAGAUGUAUAUAUAUACACAUAUUGACAGAAGGAUCUCAUUUCGUACGCGACAUUUUUUAAUCGAUUUGCGCAUUCAAAGCCUUUUUUUAUUUGCCACAAAUAUAGGUACAUUUUUGUCACCCGUUGAAGGCGUGUGACGUUAUAUUGCCUUUAUAUUAAAUCUUUGUUCGGAUAUAUGCAUAUAUAUUAAACCAGAUAUAUCCGUUGUGACCUUCCACAUCGUACAUGAUAAAUGAGAAUUAGAAAUGAUUAAGACAAUUCGACCAAAGUAAUUUGCCGAUGUCGGUCGGUGUAUUCGUUUAGACUUGUCCAGAGUAAUUAUUAAUUGCUAAAGGCGUAUGUAAUGUGUUGCGAAAAAAAAUGUUCGGUUUGUUGAAGCACACGUUGAGCAGAGUUUUCUCGCUAACAUCGCGAAAGGAAAAAAAGGCGUAAUUUAGAUUAAUAAUUAUUCAGGGCUAAACGAGUAAUCGUUAGACAUACUUUUAUACUUGUUCAAUUAGUAGGAACUUUAGAAGCAUAUCCAAGAACAUGUACAUAGGAGAACCUAUGAAAUUUAUAAUAAACUAUCGAAACUAAG